ACUAAUACCCACACCCUCCUCCGCUACGUCCGCUACGAUGGCGCCCGCGAAGACGAAUACGUCCCGGCCAUGCGCCAAUUAAUCUCCAAAGACCUCUCGGAGCCCUACAGCAUCUACGUCUACCGCUACUUCCUCUACCAAUGGGGAGACCUAUGCUUCAUGGCCAUGGACGACUCCGCCUCUUCAUCCGCCUCCCCCGCAUCCGAAACAACAGCAUCCUCAUCCCCGCAGCAGCAGCAGCAGCAGCCGCGCAUGGUCGGCGUUGUUGUCUCGAAACUCGAACCCCACCGCGGCGGACCUCUACGCGGCUACAUCGCCAUGCUAGCCGUGAAGGAGGAGUACCGAGGCCGGGGCAUCGCGACCAAGCUAGCUCGGAUGGCGAUCGAUGCGAUGAUUGAGCGGGAUGCGGACGAGGUG